CCAGUCAUCAAGUCCCUGAUGCGGCCAGACCCCCACCUCAAAUGGACGGUGCUGGGAAUGGUGUUGGCACAGUUGCUGGCCUGCUGGCUGGUCCGGGGGCUCUCCUGGCGAUGGCUGCUGUUCUGGUCUUAUGCCUUUGGUGGCUGCAUCAACCACUCGCUGACACUGGCCAUCCAUGACAUCUCGCACAAUACUGCCUUUGGCACAAACUUUGCUUCCCGGAACCGCUGGUUUGCUGUCUUUGCUAAUCUGCCCAUUGGUGUACCCUAUGCCACAUCCUUCAAAAAGUACCACGUGGACCACCAUCGUUACCUGGGCGGCGACGGGCUGGAUGUGGACAUUCCCACGGACUUUGAAGGCUGGUUCUUCUGUACACCGGCCCGCAAGCUGCUCUGGUUGGCACUGCAACCCUUAUUCUACUCUCUGCGGCCACUCUAUGUACACCCCAAGACGGUGACCCGUAUGGAGAUGCUCAACACCCUGGUGCAGCUGGCAGUCGACCUGACCAUAUUUGCCCUCUGGGGGAUCAAAUCCAUAGUUUACCUUCUAGCCAGCACCUUCCUGGGCUUGGGCCUCCACCCUAUCUCUGGCCACUUUGUGGCUGAGCAUUAUAUGUUCCUGAAGGGCCAUGAGACUUACUCCUACUAUGGACCCCUCAACUGGAUCACCUUCAAUGUGGGCUACCAUAUGGAGCAUCACGACUUCCCCAGCAUCCCUGGUUGCUACCUGCCACUGGUGCGGAAGAUUGCCCCUGAGUACUAUGACCACCUGCCACAGCACCACUCCUGGGUGAAGGUGCUCUGGGACUUUGUGUUUGAGGACUCUCUGGGACCCUACUCCAGGAUUAAGCGCAAGUGUAAGCUGGCAGAGAGACCGCCUGUGAGCCCUGCCAACCGGCAGUCCUGAGGGAGCAGCCCCAUGCCUCUUGCCCACAUUCCCCCACUUCCGUGGGCCAGGGCCACAGAACUGGUCUGGUUACAUCAGCUCCUGCAGUCCAGGCUGCUUCUGGUCCUACUGGGGCCAGCUACAGGGGAUGCAGGCUGUGGUUGGCAUAACCAGGCUUACCUAAUCUGACUGACCAGGAUACUCUGUGCCCAUGGUCCCAUGGAGCUGGCUUCUCUGUUCUUGUGCCCUAAAUUAAAUCUAACAUUUGUCUUUACAGUUAGUGUGCUGUCCUUCUCUGGGGCAGGAUGGAGUCUUGGCCUGACCCUGGGCUCCUGAGAAUGAGUUCUGAAUGAAUCCAUGUUGGUGAAGCCAGCCUGUGUCUCAUCCCCCUCAGGCUCAAGAAGGGUGUGUCACAUGGGGAAUGGUCACAAGGCUCCCAUUGCUGGUCUCUUGGCCAUAUGGAUAUUGGCCCUUGAGAGCAAGAAGAUUAAGUGCUGGGACUUCCCCAGGUUGCCAUGGAUUACUCCUGGCAAUGCCACAGGGGGCAAGGGGUCCAUGGGGCCAAAGCUUCCUUCUUCCUCCCUGAGCCCCAGGCCUACUUCCAGCACUUGACAGGAAAACUGCAAUGGAACCCUUGAGUCCAGGAGUGGGUUGCACUCACAGCCCACUCACCUUGUGACCCUGGGGCUGUGUGGCUCUCCACAGGCAGGACCCGAGCUUAGCUCCCCACGUGGGAGGUGCCUGGUGGCCUGGUCAUGUUCUUGGGUCCUGGGGAAGUUCUGAUGGACUCCGGCUGCUCUUAGCUCUUUAGUCCUGCAUAGAUGUCCUGGGCACUCCCUGUAAAGUGGCAUCCUACCAGGGCAGCCAACAGCCGGCGCAUGAGAGAGCGAGUCAGAGCCCCGAGUGUGGAC